AGUAUUUACCCUAAAGCAGGAACGUGAGGAUGUCUUUCUAGAUCUCUCUUCAGGUUUCAUUUGAAUGCACUCAGAGGAAUACACUGUUUGUUGUCUUUUGUUUUGAUGUAUUAAACAAGAAUAGUUUAGUGGUGAUGCAAAAUAUGGCCUCUGCAAGAGGACCAGUCAUGGAGGCCGUUUUGACAGCCUUUGCAACAGAACCUGGAGAGUGGCCAGAAGAUGUUGAACUUUAUCAGCCAGACAAAAGCAACAUGCUACUUACAGAUGCAGCAAAGUGUACUAGUGUUGAGGUUUACUUAAAGUUUUGCAGACUUCCAUAUACUUCAAAAUUUUGCCAAAAUGCAGAAUUUAUGUCACCAAAUGGUGAAGUUCCGUUGCUAAGAGCUAAAAAAGAAAUAGCUGGAGGAACACAAGCAGUAUUUUCUUAUGUCCAGAACAAAGGUUUAUCUACAAGCAAUGACUUAGAGCCUCAAGAAAAGGCAGAAAUGAUGGCUUAUAUAUCUUUAGUGGAAAUGUCAUUACUUCCAGCAGAGCUUCAUAUGCUAUGGUGCAACAAAGAUUGGAGUUUACGUAGCCGUCACCAAUAUGGCAAUCAAUAUCCUCUUCCUCUCAAUGUUAUACUGAGCUAUAAGAAGAAAUGGUCAGUUUGGAGUUAUCUUAGAGCAAUUAAUUGGCAUCUGAAGACUGAGCAAGAGGUAAUAGAAGAGUUCAAACGAUGUUGCCAAGCAUUAUCAGAAAAACUUGGAGAUCACAAUUAUUUUAUGCAAGACAGGCCUACAGAACUGGAUGCAAUAGUUUUUGGUCAUCUAUAUGCACUCUUAACAAGAUAUCAAGUGAAUGAUUCUUUGUCGUCGGUUGUCCGCAAGCACAAGAAUUUAAUGGAUUUUGUUAACAGAAUUGUUGAAAAUUUUAUGUCUUUUACUGAGAGAUGAAUAAUGCUUGUAUAUAAUAAAAAUAGUUUAUUGCA